GUGAAGCAGCUGACAACGUAGCAUUUGUUUGCUCUCUUCUCUCUCUCUCUCUCAAUCAUCGUCACCUUCAUAAAUCCUUAGCCUUUUAUUCUGUCAAAACUCUCUCUCUCUCUCUCUCUCUCUCUCUCUCUCUCUCUCUCUUUCUGUGUCAUACUCACACAGAAACACGCAGUUUUACAGUUAAUAGUGAUGAUUAUGGCAUUCAUCCUAUGUUACUUUUUCUCUUUUCAGGCAACUGUGUCUUCAAUCUUGCUUCCAAAUCUUAUCAAAUACAAUUAGAAUUUAUUCCAAAACAACUUAUGAAUCAUUUCCUUUCAAAUAUUUCCAUUUCACAAUCUCCAAAUUCAAGAAAAAGCAGCAUUCAUCGUCAUCCAAUUUUUCCCCAUCACGAUUACAAUAAAAAGCUCAUAUUUAUAAAAACGAGAAUUAGAUUAGCUAAUUCUGUAGAUAUACAUAGAUAUUAUGUAUAUUUUGUAUACUUGUGCAUUGAAUUCUUUGUGCUCUCGAUCUCCACACAUAUUGACGAUGAAGAUUUGUUAAGGAUUUAUCUUUAAAAAAAUAAAAAAUUCGCGGUAGGAGUAGUGAAACCAGAUAUGCAACAUCAGCAUCAACAGCAGCAAUCGGGAGGCGGCGGAGGGCCUCAAUCCCUGGGCGGAUACGGCGGCGGCGCGGCGGCGGAGGUGGUGGUGAGUGAUGAGGAUCAGAAAUUGGGAGAUCUGGGAAUUGCGGAAGCAGCUUCACCGAUUAGCAGCCGGCCGCCAGCUCCGGCGGCCAUUAGGAAUGCUAAUUUUGAAGAAAUGAUUCAAGCGACGGCGGAGGCCGGCGGCUCCUCCAGCAACCGGUGGCCGCGGCAGGAGACGUUGGCUCUUUUGCAGAUUAGGUCUGAAAUGGAUACUGCGUUUCGUGAUGCCACGCUUAAGGGUCCUCUGUGGGAGCAAGUUUCCAGGAAACUAGGCGAGCUGGGAUACAAAAGAAGCGCCAAAAAAUGCAAGGAGAAAUUCGAAAACGUCCACAAAUAUUACAAACGAACAAAAGAAGGCCGCGGCGGCCGCCAAGACGGCAAGAGCUACAAGUUCUUCUCCCAGCUCGAGGCUCUCCAUCACAACACCGCCGCCGCUCUCCUCCCCACCCCAUCGCCGCCUAUUGCCGCCACCUCCGUCUCUCUGCCGAUUCCAGCCGCCGUCUCACUGCCUCCUCCAGACCCCGCCGCCGCCGCCGCGUUAUUCGGCAUUAGCUUCUCAUCCGACAGCUCCUCCUCCGACAGCGAAGACGAUGACGACGAGAUGGAAGAAACCGAAUUAACGAAUCAGCGGAAGAGAAAGAGAAGCGAUCAGGGCGGCGAGAGCGACGAGAGAAUGAUGGACUUCUUCGAGGGUUUGCUGAAGCAAGUGAUGCAGAAGCAGGAAGCCAUGCAGCAGAGGUUUCUAGAAGCCAUCGAGAAGAGGGAGCAAGACAGAAUGAUCAGAGAGGAAGCGUGGAAGAGGCAAGACAUGGCGAGGAUCGCCAAGGAGCACGAGAUCGCGGCGCAGGAGCGCGCCGUCUCCGCCUCCAGAGACGCCGCGAUUGUCGAUUUCCUCGAGAAGAUCACCGGCCAGACCAUACAGCUCCCCGCUGCCGCCCCGGCCCCGGCCCCACGGCCCGAGCCGCCACAACCACCGUUACCUCCAACUGCACCCGAGAUGGCGGCGCCGCUUCAGACGGGGACGGACACAGAAAAAAAUGUUGAAGAUAUUGCAGGCGGGAGCGCCUCGGAGAGCAGCUCGUCGCGAUGGCCGAAAGCUGAGGUGUUGGCGCUGAUAAAGCUGAGGAGUAGCAUGGAGCCGAGAUAUCAAGAGGCCGGGCCCAAGGGCCCGCUUUGGGAGGAGAUAUCUGCUGGGAUGCAGCGCAUAGGGUACAGUAGGAGUGCAAAGAGAUGCAAGGAGAAGUGGGAGAAUAUCAACAAGUACUUCAAGAAAGUGAAAGAGAGCAACAAGAAGCGGCCCCAAGAUGCCAAGACCUGCCCUUACUUCAAUGAGUUGGAUGAGUUGUACCGGAAAAAGAUACUUAGCGGCGGCGCCCAUGUCGGUGCUUCGUCGGAACAACAUGAUGAGAUGCCGCAGAGAGGAGCCUUUCCUUCCAACCCUUUUGCCGACACUAAUAUUGGAGGAGAAAAGCAGCCAGAAGACAUGCUAGAUAAGGGACAUCGACAAGAUACAACUGGAAACUACUGCAACAGCAGCCUCCGCUGCUCAAACAGUGAUCACGAUCUCGAUGAAGACAACUACGAAGAGGUUGAUGAGAACGAGGAGGAGUACGAUGAUAAGGACAUGAAAAUGGUUUACGAACUACAGUUUCAGAGACAAAAUGUGGGCUCCUCCAACCCUACUGCUCGACCUUCAGCACCAUCCUCCUUCGUUGCCAUGGUUCAGUAAUCUUCCAUACAAUAUAUACAAAAGUUGAGGCUCCCAUACAGAAGCAACACCACAGAUUCAACCCUUUUUUUCUUUUCUUUACUAUAUUCUCAUUUUAUCCUUUUGCAUAUCUCUUUUUUUUUCAUUCAAAUUUAUUAAGUUUUUCUCAGCCUCAACACUUCUGGACAAAUGGUCUGUGUUGUGUUGAGGAUAUAUAGGUUGCAAUAAUUUAGUGAUUUAUUCAUUUGAUUGGCAUAUAAUUAAGGAACGGUUUCAAGGCGCAAGGAUUCAUUCAUGAGGAGCGCUGCAUGUGUAUUGUUCUUUUCUUCUUCUUCAUUAUUUCUUUUUCUAUUCCCUUUUUGGUCCCUUGGAAGAUCUAUAUUGAUCAUUGUAUUUACAAUUACAUAAACCAAAAUUGUUACAUUGUGAAUAUAUUUUUCUAUUGUGGACAAA